AGUUCCGGUUAGGUUGAAUCAGUUGACGAUAGCUGAUGACCGAAGCUUACUUACUGUGAAUAAUAUAAACGCUUUUACCUAUUUACUGUCACUUUUCCCCCUUUUAAUUUAGUAUUCCACUGUCACGUCUCCAUUUUUAAUGAAUUAAAAGGUAUGAGAAAACACAAGAGGAAGAAACAAAAUGGAGGAGUUGGGGUGAAUGAAAAUGAAUUUGUCACAAGAGAACCAGACUGUGGGAAGAAACAGAAGCUGACCGAUAUCCACCAGGCUUUGAACAGGAAUUGUUACUUCCUAAUCAACAGAGAUCCGGUGGACAUUGAGACCCUGAGGAGAGCUGCCGUGAGUAAAGGAGGUCUGCUCACUGAUGAACUGAGGAGAAAAGUGUGGCCCAAAUUACUGAACAUUAACGUCUAUGAUCUGCCACACAAACCUGGUCGACAUGUGAGGGAAAACCACAAGGACUUAAACCAAGUAGUCCUGGAUGUCAGGAGGUCCAUGAAGCGCUUCCCCACUGGGAUGCCGGCGGCAGAGAGGGCCGUGCUUCAGGAGCAGCUAAUUGAUAUCAUACUUCAAGUGCUGAAAAGCAACACUCAGCUCCAUUACUACCAAGGCUACCAUGAUGUCGCUGUCACGUUGCUGCUGGUGGUUGGGGAGAGGAUGGCUAUAGGCAUGCUGGACAAACUGUCCAAUUAUCACCUCAGGGACUUCAUGGACCCCACCAUGGACAGCACCAAGCACAUUUUAAACUAUCUAAUGCCGAUACUGGAACAGGUUGAUGUAGAACUACAUGACUUUAUGAUCAGAGCGGAAGUUGGAACCAUCUUUGCACUUUCCUGGCUGAUCACAUGGUACGGCCACGUCCUGUCAGACUUCAAACACACCCUGAGACUGUACGACUUCUUCCUGGCGUCGCAUCCACUGAUGCCAAUCUACCUCGCUGCUACGAUUGUCUUGCAUAGAGAAAAGGAGGUGAAACGGACAGAGUGUGACAUGGCCAUGGUGCACCACCUCCUCUCCCACAUACCCAAGGAUCUCCCAUAUGAACUUCUGAUUGGCCAGGCCCAGGACCUGUUUGACCAGUACCCUCCAUCGCUACUCGCCAAACGGGCUGCACUACAGUCCCGCAAGAGCCUGUCCAUCAGCACUUUCCAGACUUUUCAGCUCUCCACCCUCCACCAGCGGCCAGACUCUGUCCUCCAGCGCCUCACCCGGGCCCAGGGAUCGAGUGCCUCCCGAAAUGCCUCUCAACACUCAGGCCUUGAAGCAGCCUUGCCCGGGCAGCGAGGACCGCUGUGGGGGACGGGGAACAGGAUGGUGAAAAUGGCAGUGUGGGGGCUGUCGGCCACGCUCGGGGCAGCCGUGUUCGCCGUGGCUCAGACCGCCAUGGACUGGGGACCUGAGGUGUUGCUUCAGCUGUUUUAACGUUCAAAACUUGACGAUAGUGACCGACUGCUGUUGAGACGGGUCAGCAGCAAACAUCAACAAAAACACAAAGAUAGACUUUAAGAUCCUCUCGCCUACAGGGAUCCUGGUGGAGUUCAGGAAAUGUCUUGUUGCCAAAAAGGUUCAUUCUGCUUUACACUAAUGAACAAGCUUAAAAAUAUUAGUGAAUCUCACGAUUUGUGUGCACGAUGACCAGUUGGAUGAAGUCCCGGCAGCAUGUAUGGUGGCUUCUCAGCAUGUCAAAAGACCACAAGUAGAUGAAAAAAUGAAUAGAUAAAAGCCCAGAGUGACGAAAAAUAUCACAUUGUGAGAGGAUGAUAAAGAAAUAAUCAACUUUUCUUUAACAUUUCUUUUGGAAACUCACUCACAUUGGGCUUUAUAGGCCCGUUAUCUCACCAUCUACUCGUUCGGGACCCUAACCCAUCUCACUCGUGCGCUUUUUUUUUUUGUCAUAUCAUUUUCACACGUCUCCUUUUCUCGUCAGCUGAUUAUUUUGCUGACAACUCAUUUUUUCAGACUGUCGCGCUUGUUUCGUGCAUUUAACUUGACAGACUUUAGGCGUGCUUGUUGGAUCAGCAGCCGUAUCUAAAAGCAGAGAGUGCUCACAGCCAGCGCGGUGACACACUAGUACAAAUUAUUAAAGGCCAGCGUUUUCUGCUGAAAGCCUCUCCUUAUGAGUGAAGGAGGUCACGGGAGGGAGGGGGUGGGGGGAGCAUUGAAAAGGGAGAUGUUGCCGAUGGGUAAUUGCUUCAGGUAUCAGUGAAUAUCUGAUGCUCAAACUUGACACACACACAAAGAGCUGUUCUUGCCCCAAAAUGUGACCAUUACAGCCAGUAGGCACUUCUUUCAAGCAAGCAGAGCUUUUACAGGUGUAUUUUUCAGAGUUAUUGAAUUUAAAAAAAUAAAUUCUACAACAGUUUCCAAGCCGGCAUGGCCCACCACCACUAAAUGAAUUUGGGGAAGACACCAGUACUCGUACAUUCUUAAAAUAUUUAGCAGGUGUGGGCCAACAUCCACCCUGAACUGCCGAACACAGAGCUACAGUACGUGGAUUCCUCUACAAUAUGUUUUUUUUUCUGUGUUUUAUGGGUUAAAAUGAUUUUAAAGCUUUAUUUGGUGGAGGAACUGACAUUAUUUCAGCUCAUCUGAUCAACAGAGAUUUUCUUUUUUAGAUAUGUCUUUUUUAAUAAGGAAAACCAAAUCCCCUCACACACAUGCUGUAGUUAUUGUUGGAUGACAUAUAAUCACAGACUUAAACAACUUAAAAAGUGAAUAUUAAUAAUAGAGGUUGCUUCCACCUGAGGUACACCCAGCCAUAGAGGAAACGGGGGUGUUCUCCGAACCGCAGUGCCUGUCCUGUGUGUAGACUUCCACUCUGAAAUAUUUAUCAGCUUUCACUUGCAUGUAGCUCAGCUGCUGCUGCUGUUAACACAACAUCACCGGAGUCACAACACCCUCCCCACUCCCCAUGCUCUGUCAUCAGAUAUAAAUGUGGCUCAUAUUUGCACAGCUCAUUGACCAGCAUGCCCUGUUGAUUUUUUUUUUUGGUUGCUUUGUAACACUGAAAUUAACCAUGCACCGGCUGCUAUGUUCAAACUGACAUUAAUAUACAGACGGGCAGUUACAGACACAUUUCUAGCAUUGUGGCCUCCGCCAUUCUUUACACAAAGCCAGUCUUAGAUUUUAAUGAAGAAGUCUACAAAUGAUAAUCGUUGGCUGAUGCACAAGUAAAUUUGGGCGACUUAAAUGUACUUUCCUGAUGUAACUAAAGUUACAGAAUGUAUGAGUGUGUGUGUGUCCGUUAAAUGGAAGGAAAAUAUAUGCUUAACAAGCCAGGGGUUCAUUUCUUUUGCUGCGGCUUCUGUAUUUUUGAUUAUUUAUCAUAUUAGGGCCUCUAUCCCCUCAUUGUCACAAUGAAACAGUUCACUAUUUAUUUGAAAAGAAUCCUUAUGAUUGGCUAUUUAUUUUAAUGUUUACCUGUAAUUGGAUAGUAUAAAUGUACUUGAAAUAUUACUGAGGUGUCAGAUAAUUAAAAAUUGUUCUUUUGUCAUGAGCGACAAUCUGAAUCUGAGGUUUUAUGUGUUCAAAGUAAUGUUAUUGAUGUCGUUCAAUAAAGACUUUUUAUUUUAUGCUUACAAAAACAAAAAUCAAUAUGUUGGAUCCAGACUUAAGAGUUGCUUUUGGAAAAUUUACAAAUUGAAUGUGUAUGAUGUGUAAGUGGCAGUGGGAUUUCUGAUGUACAAAUCCGGCAAACUUUAAUCUUCAAACCAAAAUUAUAAACAAAGGUCACUGCAAAAGGCUUGUUUCCUGUUGUUUAGUGAGUCUUUCGUCCUCUGCAGCCGGUCUGUCUCAUUUUACACAGGCUGAACUGUAGUGAUAAUGUAAUUCCACAUCUGUGAUGUUUAAAAAAAGUUUAAUUGAUCUAGGGGGAAAAAACCCCUCACAAAAUCAGGUUUAUGAUAAUAUGUAUAUAUAGUUUUUGUUGUUGAUUAAUCAUUGGCUGAAACCUUUGCUACUCUGCAUUUGUGCCUUGUAAAUGAACACACAAAGAUUCAAGGAGAGAGAGGUUGUGGAGCCAGCUCCUAAUGAGAAUUUAAUUCCUGCCCCUGGCUGUUGGCAUGCUAGGACACUUUCUCAUCAUCGUUGCUUUUUUUUUUUUCUUUCUCAAAAACAUACUCAACUCCAGCAACACCUACACCACCACUUCCCCUGCUCUUCAGCUGGCACGUGCCGUAGAAUGACUGAAACAUAAUACCUGCUUGGCAUUAAAAGAGUUCUCGAGGGAUGACAAAUGAAGAAAUGUUUUUCGAUAGGUUUCUGGACAUUAGUGCUUUUAAACUUCUUAAAUGUUAUUUUACUUUACCAUAAAAAACAGAGUAAUAUCCUUACUAUGUAUUAGUAGUUUCAUUAUUUACUAGUGAUGGUGUUAACCAUUAAGAUAUAAUAGGUUAUCAUAGUAUAAAUAUUUCAUACAAUUUUUAUGUGCCCCACUAACAUGUUUUUUUAGUUAAACUUUUCACUGAUGCCCCACUUCAUGGCUAUACAUGCUUUAGGUUUGUUUUGCACUCAAUGAAUUAUUACCAAAAGACAAUCCCCAAACCAGUUUUACCUGGUUUGAAAUGGCAUUUGUUUUAAUCAUGUUAGAUUGAUCCUUUUAUCCAAAAUUUAAAUGCACAAUUGAGUUUUCAACACAUUUCAAAUGUGUCAAAGACCCCAGAGCUGGGAUUAUCCUGAAUGCUUGACCUUGCUCUUCUUUUCUUUGAAAAAUUCCCUUGAAGACGUGUUCACAUCAUAUGUUUCAUAGAGUCAGUGUGACCGUUUAGCUGUGUUGAUAAAGCUUUUCAUGGGCAUUUUGAGCAUUUCCUCUGACCCAAAGAGACAAAAGGCCCGGCUCCUCAAAAAGCUUUUUAUAUCUCUUUUGUCCUCAUCCUUGCCGGUCCCUCUUUUUUUUUUUUUUUUUGCCCUUUGGUUUGUUUGAUGGCAUUAAACUGUACAGAUCACACAUCCGCACUGAUCCUCUCAGGUUCACACUUUU